UGCACAGUCUGCUCCUACCCCCCGGAAUACUGCGAAUUCGGCUCCCGCUUCAAAGCCUGCAAAAAAUGGCUCCAAGACUCCGAACCCGAACUCUUCACCCACCUCUACUCCGACGACGCCCUCUCUGCCGCCGCAUCGACCCUCUCACUCGAAGCCCGCGAAAAACUCGCAAAAGAACAAGCCAAAAAAGAAGCAAAAGCUGAAGCCAAAGCCGAACGUCUCGAAGCCAAGAAAUCCCGGACAAAGGUGACGAUCAAACGCGUCGAACGCAAUAAACGAAAACAUAUCACCUCCAUUCAGGGGCUUGAGCACUUUGGGAUUGAUUUGAAGAAGGCGGCAAAGUUGUUUGCGAAUAAGUUUGCUACUGGGGCGAGUGUGAGUAAGACUGCGGCGGGGGUGGAUGAGAUUGUGGUGCAGGGGGAUGUUAGUGAGGAGGUUGAGGAUGUGAUUUUGGAGAAGUUUAAGGAGGUUCCUGAGGAUAAUAUUGAGUUGACGGAGGAUAAGCCGAAGAAGAAGGCGCCG